GUUCUUACUCGUCGACGGUGUUACUGGCCAGGAAUGGUUGACGAAAUCCAGAAAUACUGCGACACUUGUUCCCGCUGUACCCUCGCAAAAGCAGGAAAGAAUUAUUAGACUCGAGAGAACUAGCUAGAGACCUUGGAAAUAAAAGUCAGUUAGAGAAACCAAACACGGAACCUUCCCAACGUGAAGACGACAUGCAUAAUGUAUCACCUGAAAUAGACGAACAAAUUACCUCUACGGAUGUAGAUUCAGGCGGACCAUAUGAGGUAUUAUUAUAUCCUCAAAGUAACAAGACGAAUGCUUCUAUUGAACCACAGGCUGUAGAACCUAUGAUUACAGAGCAACCAGUUGAUGUAGGAGAACGUGAUCCGAUGGAACCACAAAAUACUGAGGCACAACCUGUUUGCACAGACACACAACAUCCUGUUCCUGCCCAACAGCAGAAUAAUAUAAAGCCAAUUAUUCCUGUUAGUCGAAUUGUAAAUAUAGAUAAUGAAGGGCAAUUAAUUCAAAAUAAAGAAGUUAUUCAUAGACUACGUUCAGAUUUACAAGGCAGCAUUGCUAAGGAUAACGAUGUUAGUGUCAACAAUCAGUCUGAUAACGAAACAGAAGACUUAGUGCUUAGGCGUUCAUCACGAAUCAAAGCAAAAGUAGAAAAACAAACCCUUCCUAACUCCAGUAAUCAACAAAUUUCAAUGAAUAAUGCAAUUUUGGCAGAGUUUAGCAAGACACAGCUUUUAUUCGCACAAAUGUUAGCAGGACAAUUUGAAAACAAUUAAAGAAACUCUGAUGUUAUUGAUGUUGCCGAGGACGACAACAGACAAAGCUAUGGAGUGUGUGAAAGCAGAAUUUUAUUUUUUUCUUCAUUUUUUUUCUUAUUAUUUUUAUAUGACUGUUUCGUAUAAUUGGAUUUUGAUAAUGUUGCCGAGGACGACAACAAACAAAGCUGUGGAGUAUGUAAGGUACGGGUUUUACCCUUAUCCUUAUACUGUACAUUAUAUUACAUGUUGAAUUUUUAUUCAUUUCCUUAUGACUUUAUUUUGGAUUUCAGUUGUUUCUUUGUUUAACUUGGGUUUCUUUGUUCAUCACAUUCACAUUGACUUCUUGAUAAUUAAUACCAUGUUUAUCUUGAUCAUGUUACGUAACGACUUCCGUAGACGCUUUUCUUAAGUGAGUGAGUAGCCCUGUG